UAUCAAGGCCUUAUAAGCAAGCUGAGUUUGAAAUUAUAUUUGGGGAGGGAGUCAGCAAGCUGGGGUGCGUUCUGGAUUGUGCUGAAAUAAUGGAUGUUGUCUUAAAGAAGGCCUCGUGGUACAGCUAUGGAGAUCGCAGGUUUUCUUUAUCAUAUAUGGCUGAAAUGAUUACAUGAAUCUCACACGCAUUGUGCUAGAACUAUCGAAUGAUCAAGCAUUAAGUUUAGUUGUUUGAUUCAUUCAUUUCUAGGAAACACAAAUAUUGAAUCUAUGUAUUAUUUGCUGCUACAAACUCGCAGCUCCUUGGCGAAUUGCCAUUGCCCUUGAGCAUGAGAUUAAAAUUGUUUUAAAAGUAACAUAUGGUCGGAUGUAUUCUUCACUGGUGUAAUAUAUAUUUGACAACUUUUCCUCUUAGUUGGGUGGAGCUGGGUUGAGGUUGGGUAAUUGGGUUCUAUAUAACAAGGCGGUAAAAGAGAUUUGUUUGGAAAUACAUUUAUAGCACAGUAAAAACUAAAAACUGAACUCUGCAUCUCGGUUGAUAUAGUACUUGGAUUACUGUAAGCUCUCUUAAUCAUUCCUAGUCUUUUCAAUGUGACAACUGUCUUGCGAUUUUAUAUAGCUUAUUUAUUGUCUCUUGUUUCUUUUUUAUCUAUUUAAUGUUUGAAUGAAGAUUGGGACAAGGAAGAGACAGAGCAUUACAGUACCUGAAAGAAAAUCCUCUUGUCUCUGAAGAAAUAGAGAAGGCAUCGUACAUGCACAGCUCAUCCUUUAACUUGAAUAGUGCUUCCCCUGUUCAUAAGUUGUUCUAGAGAACAACUUAUGCUACUUAGUGGUGACCUGAUUUAACUAUUCACUAAUUGUGAGGAGACAAGGAUAUAUAAUUUAUGUAUUUAUUUGUGCAGAGAGUUAGGUCCAUGGUAAUAGAUGGCACUGGACAAUUAGGGACCUCUUACACGAAGUGGUCGCCACCACAACCUCAAGACGACAAUAUUUUUGAAGAAGUUCAACGAGAUUAAAUUAAACUUGGUUGGGAGAUUGGUCAUGAUGGGUACCCGGGGAGAAAGGUACAAAUGUUGAAAAGGAAGCAAGGACUUGAUCCUCGUUCAAGUUGGUUUUUGAUUUCUUCAAAUCAUUUGCCCCAUCUUAGGUUUUUGGAUUAAAGAUUGAAAUGCUCGAUUUUACAUUAGAUUUCAAUUCAACAUGAUAUUUUGUACUUCAUUCACCCCCUAUGCUGAUGCCAGAGAGGAAAAGAAGAGAAGUAUUUUCUUCUCUUGGGGAUCUUGGGGGUGUAAAGUUUUGUGAUCAACCGAGGAGAAAUUGUAAUAUUCAUUCUUCUUAACCACACUUUGAAAAGUUCUAUCCAAUUCCACCUUCCAUCUACCUUUAACGACGAUGCUUUCAUGUUUUUAUAUAUUCUUGUCUUAAAACUUUAUGGUUUCUUCACUGUUUGUGUAUGUGUGUUUGUUGGUGGUCCUAGAAAUGGUGGCAUUGGGAGGUCGAGGUUUUGAUGAGGCUAUUGAGGACUUGAGGCUGUCUUUGGUUUUGCUGAAACAUUUUCAUUGUAGUUCCCAAGAGGGAAUUCAUUGUGAACCCUGUAGUGAUGACUUGUUUUUCCUUCUUGUGUGGUAGAAGAUUGAAUCCACCGACUAGACAUUCAUCUGAGCUUGAUGAUGAGGUCUCCGGAGUCCAAAAUGUUGUACUUUACUCAUACAAACAGCUAAGAACGGCUACCAAUGAUUUUAGUCCGAUCAAUAAAAUUGGGGAAGGAGGAUUUGGUUCUGUUUAUAAGGGAAAAAUCGGGAAUGAGAAAAUGGCUGCUAUAAAAGUUCUCUCUCCAGGAUCAACGCAAGGUGUAAAAGAGUUUCUGACAGAAAUUCAAGUGAUCUCUGAUGUACAGCAUGAAAAUUUAGUUAAGCUUUAUGGAUGUUGUGUUCAAGAAAAUCACAGAAUUCUUGUUUACAACUACCUCGAGAAUAACAGCCUUGCACAAACUCUUAUUGGUGGACGUAAUAGUAGCAUUCAGUUUAGCUGGCAAACACGGGUUAAAAUUUGUGUUGGAGUUGCAAAGGGACUUGCUUAUCUCCACGAGGAAGUGAGACCGCCUAUUGUCCAUCGGGAUAUCAAAGCUAGCAAUAUUCUUCUAGACAAAGAUUUGAGCCCUAAGAUUUCAGAUUUCGGUCUUGCAAAGCUCAUCCCUGCCAACAUGACUCAUGUCAGUACACGUGUGGCAGGAACCAUAGGUUACUUAGCACCAGAGUAUGCAAUGAAAGGCCAGCUUACACGCAAGGCAGAUAUUUACAGUUUUGGCGUUCUUCUCAUCGAAAUAGUCAGCGGUCGAUGCAACACGAACUCACGGUUACCUGCUGAAGAAAAAUAUAUUCUUGAAAGGGCAUGGCAACUUCAUGAAAAACGGGAGCUUGUAUCACUAGUCGACAUAGCACUUAAUGGAGAUUUUGACCCUGAACAGGCUUGUAGAUUCUUAAAGAUCGGUCUUCUCUGCACUCAAGAUUUUCCAAAACUUCGACCCUCAAUGUCGACUGUUGUCCAAAUGCUCACCGGGGAGAAGGAUUUUGACGAAAAUGCGAUAAUGAAGCCCGGCUUAAUCACUGAUUUCAUGGACCUAAAUAUUAAAAGCACCCCUAAAACCAAGGAUAAAAUCAAUCACACCUCUUCCAAUUUCUUAGCCUCUGGCUCUGAUAAUUUGGACUCUUCAACUUUGUCCUCAGGAACUUCUUCUCAGGCCACCUUCACAUUUACAGCAGUAGAUGAUAGAAGCACUUGAGCAAAAAUUUGUGAAUUGAUAGACACAGAUUUGUAGAUUUUAUUUUAUACUCUCCCUUCCCAAUUAUUCAGGCUUGUUUUGUUUUUCCCAUGGAAUAAGAAAUCUUAUUUAAUGUUA